AUGUUUGAUAAGCUUUUGGAGGGUUCAGGUUGGUUUGUUGUGGUGUUGAGUGCAUUGGAAAGUGUUCUUUCCACCCUUUUGUUCGUCUGGGCUACUUCUGAUUGGUUAAAUAGGCAAGUUGGUUCCAUUGUCAUUGUCUCUGAAUGUUUCGCUUAUACUGGUAAGGUUGCCGAGUUCGGUCAGAGGAGAAAUGGAGUUUGGUACUGGAAAAUAGAGUUUAGAAGAACAUUUUUUGAUUGGGAGUCAAAGAUUUGGGAGAAUUUCUUAGAAUUAAUCAACAGAGUAGUGAGCGUUAGUGUAGAGGUGGAUCAGCUUGUUUGGAAGGGCUCUAGCAGUAGUGUCUACACUCCCAAAAGAUUCUGUAACAGUGUGGUUAGUGUUGGGGUGGUUGAGGACUCUGUUUGGAUUUUGGUUUGGGCAAAGCUAGCUCCUCCUAAAGUGGAGGCGUUUGUUUGGAAAGCCGUCCUUCGGAGAGUACCGUCAUUAGUUGAAUUAACCAAACGCGGUAUACAAAACCUGGGUCGUUGUUUAUGCAGUCUUUGUCAUGAACAGCUGGAGUCAUCGGACCAUCUGUUUUGCCAGUGUAAGGUGUCUUGGGAAGUCUGGCAAAGAUGGUGCUCUAACUGGAGAGUGGUCUUUGUUUGCCCAGAUAAUGUGAAAAGUUUUAUUAUCGCUUGGGAGAAUCAACCGGUUAAGAAAACAUUGAAGUCUAUAUGGAAAAUGGCUUUUUUUGGUAUCAUAUGGAGUAUCUGGCUCUAUAGAAAUGAACUUUUUAAUGAUAAACCUUGCUCGUGA